AUGCGUAAUGGGUUGACACCACUGAAAAACGAUGAUGACUACAGGAGGUUUCUUGAUGCUGCACAUGGUAACGAAGGAAAGAUUAAUGUAUAUAUUGAUCACUACAACGAUUCGGUGCUUGACUGGAUAGAGGAAGAAAAGGAAGAAAAAAGUGUUGAUAGUGAAAGCUCUGAUGAAGAUAAAGACUCGGUCAUGUCUGAUGCUCUAUCUGUUGAUCAUGAACCCGAUGAAGAGAUAAUGGAACCAAAGAAGCAACCAAUUUAUUUUUUUCAUGACUCAACUCAGAAAUGGGAUACAAUGCAACCCAUCCUUGGUAUGAGGUUUUGUAACCCUCAUGAACUUAAACAGCUUGUCUCAAACUAUGCAGUAGCAAAUGGUUUUAACCUUUGGUAUGAAAAAAAUGAUAAAACUAGGUUGCUAGUCAGGUGUCGUAAAACUAGUGAAGGAAAGGCAGCAUGUCCUUUUAGACUAUGGCUACUUGGAUGGGGCAGUGAAAAGUCAUUCCAAAUUAAGUCCUUACGUAAUGAGCAUAACUGUGCUAGAACCUUCAAGUUUGGGUCAGUUGUUACUUACUCAUGGAUAGGGAAACAUUUUGUUAAUGAUAUUUUAGAAAAUCCCAAAAUGAGUUGUAGGGAAAUGAGGGAUAAAGUUGGGGAAAUUUUCAAUGUGAAGGUUAGUGUUGGACAAUGCAGGAAUGCAAAGAAGUUUGCACUUAAUGAGAUCGAAGGCAGUUUGAACACACAUUAUGAAAAAUUAUGGAGUUAUGGAGCUGAGAUAUUAAGAGCUAAUCCAGGGUCAACAAUGAAAAUUGGGACGGAUACAAUGCCUGAUUACACAAUUUAUUUUUCUAGGAUGUAUGUUUGUAUCAAAGGUGUAAAGGAUGGUUGGAUUGAAGGAUGCAGGAGGGUUAUAGGUGUAGAUGGUUGCUUUUUAAAAGGUAUUUGCAGAGGUGAGCUUCUUUCAGCUAUAGGUAGAGACGCUAACAACCAUAUUUACCCCAUUGCUUGGGCAGUAGUUGCAGUUGAGAACAAAGAAACUUGGAAGUGGUUUCUAAACUUACUACUUAAGGACAUUAACAUGGGAAAUGGGGCAGGAUUAACCUUACUUUCUGACCAACACAAGGGUCUUAUUGAGGCUGUUAAAGAAAGAGUACCAGAUGCUGAGCAUAGGCAAUGUGCUAGGCACGUCUAUGCUAAUUUCAAGAAAAAAUUUAAGGGUGUUGCAUAUAGGAAGAUUUUUUGGAGGGCUGCAAAGGCCACAACUGUGCAGAGGUCUUGUGAUGCCAUUGAGAAUGGUAUUUGUGAAUCUUUUAAUGCUGCAAUUGUGCAUGCUAGGAAAAAGUCGAUUAUAACAAUGUUAGAGGAAAUUAGGAGGUUUGUGAUGGAUAGGAUGUAUUGUAAAAGAUUAAAGGGACAGAAAUGGAAUCUAGCCAUAUGUCCAUCUAUUAGAAAGAAAAUAGUGGAUAAGAGGAAACAUCUAAGGUAUUGGUAUGUCAUUCCCAGUGGAGUGCAACAAUUUGAGGUGAGGUCAAUACAUGAGGUUUAUGUUGUGUACUUGAACCAAAGAACAUGUGCAUGUAGAGGAUGGAAACUAAGCGGUAUACCAUGUAUACAUGCUAUGGAUGCUAUUAGUUAUCUAAAUGAGAAUGUGGAAGACUAUGUGGCGACUUGGUUCACAACAGAAAUGUUUGGAAAUUGCUAUAAGUAUACAAUUAAUCCUUUAAAUGGAAGUGAAAUGUGGUCAUCUUGGGAAGGUCAACCUAUGUUGCCCCCGAAACGUAAAAGAUUACCUGGCAGACCUAAAGUCAACAGGAAGAAGGCUGCUUUAGAAAAAGAAGGUCGUCAUACUAUUAGCAAGAAAGGGGCUAUUACAAAAUGCAGCAUCUGUAGAGAACCAGGACACAACAAAAUAACAUGUCCACUGUCCAAAGAAGGACCAAGUACUAAAGCCAAAAAGAAGAAGGGUAAACAUGUUCCUGAUGUUGAGGAUGAGUCUGAAUUUGAGAUUGAAGAGAUGGAUGAAGGACAAGUUGAUGAACAAGUUGUUGAAGCUGCUGUUGAGCCUGCUGUUGAAGCUGUUGUUGAACCUGAUCAGGAACAAGUUCAUGAACCUGAUCAGGAACAAGUUCAUGGACCUGUUGUUGAGGAACCUGUUGCACAACCCGUUGUUGAAGUUGAACAAAGAGCAUAA